CGGAGCGGGGCGCCAUGUCGAGGCGGCGGUGGCGAGGUCCUCAGGGCGCCGAGAGUGGCGGGCGCGGAACCGACAUGGGGAAGAUGGCGACGGGCGGCGGCGGCGGCGGCUCGGGCCGAUAUUACGGCGGCGGUGGCGGCGGCGAGGGCGGGAGAGCCCCUAAACGCCUGAAAACCGAGAGCGCGGAGGCGCCGCCUCACGGGCCCGGCGGGCCGGGGGGCGCGGGCGGCGGCGCCGGAGCGGGAGGAGCGGAGAACUACGAGGACCCCCACAAGACGCCGGCGUCGCCCGUGGUUCACAUCCGCGGCCUCAUCGACGGCAUCGUGGAGGCCGACCUGGUGGAGGCGCUGCAGGAGUUCGGGCCCAUCAGCUACGUGGUGGUGAUGCCGAAGAAGCGGCAGGCCCUGGUGGAGUUCGAGGACAUCCUGGGCGCCUGCAACGCCGUCAACUACGCGGCCGACAACCAGAUCUACUUCGCCGGCCACCCCGCCUUCGUCAACUACUCCACCAGCCAGAAGAUCUCGCGGCCCGGCGACAGCGACGACGCGCGCGGCGUCAACAACGUGCUGCUCUUCACCAUCCUCAACCCCAUCUACUCCAUCACCACGGACGUGCUCUACACCAUCUGCAACCCCUGCGGGCCGGUGCAGCGCAUCGUCAUCUUCCGCAAGAACGGCGUGCAGGCCAUGGUGGAGUUCGACUCGGUGCAGAGCGCGCAGCGCGCCAAGGCCUCGCUCAACGGCGCCGACAUCUACUCGGGCUGCUGCACCCUCAAGAUCGAGUACGCCAAGCCCAGCCGCCUGAACGUGUUCAAGAACGACCAGGACACCUGGGACUACACCAACCCCAACCUGAGCGGGACAGGAGACCCCGGUGGGAACCCCAACAAACGGCAGCGGCAGCCGCCCCUCCUGGGGGACCACCCGGCUGAGUACGGUGGCCCCCACGGUGGCUACCACCACGGCCACUACCACGACGAGGGCUACGGGCCCCCUCCCCCGCACUACGAGGGCCGGCGCAUGGGGCCGCCGCCGGUGGGGGGUGGGCACCGCCGGGGUCCCGGGCGCUACGGCCCCCAGUACGGGCACCCCCCGCCCCCCCCGCCGCCGCCCCCCGACUACGGCCCCCACGCCGACUCGCCCGUGCUCAUGGUGUACGGGCUGGACCAGGCCAAGAUGAACUGUGACCGCGUCUUCAACGUCUUCUGCCUCUACGGCAACGUCGAGAAGGUGAAGUUCAUGAAGAGCAAGCCGGGCGCGGCCAUGGUGGAGAUGGCCGAUGGCUACGCCGUGGACCGAGCCAUCACCCACCUCAACAACAACUUCAUGUUCGGCCAGAAGCUCAACGUCUGCGUCUCCAAGCAGCACGCCAUCAUGCCGGGCCAGUCCUACGGGCUGGAGGACGGCUCGUGCAGCUACAAGGAUUUCAGCGGCUCGCGCAACAACCGCUUCCUCCAACGCCCCGAGCAGGCGGCCAAGAACCGCAUCCAGCACCCCAGCAACGUGCUGCACUUCUUCAACGCGCCGCUCGACGUCACCGAGGACAACUUCUACGAGAUCUGCGACGAGCUCGGCGUCAAGCGCCCCUCCUCGGUCAAGGUGUUCUCAGGCAAGAGCGAGCGCAGCUCCUCGGGGCUGCUCGAGUGGGACUCCAAGAGCGACGCCCUGGAGACCCUCGGCUUCCUCAACCACUUCCAGAUGAAGAACCCCA